UUCAACAUUUCUUCUUUGGAAUUUUUUUCAUGUAAAAUACAUUUUCUGCAUAUUCCAAGCUAUAAAUUAUUAGCAGUAAAAAUAAUUUAAUUAUAUAUGACCUUUAAAAAAAAGAGAUGUAUACCAACUGAAUAUAGUGCUAUAAUUCUAAAAUGUAUUUAUUAAACAGAGUUAUUUCUUUUAAUCCAUUAGCACUUGUUUCUGCAAAAAAAAAGUGAUUAAUCCUUAGAGCAGAUCAAAACAGCACUUUUAAAACUUGGAAAUUGGAAGCAACCUGUCAUAAGAAUUGAAGUGAUGGCUUCUUCAACCGCUUUUAUUUUAUUCAUCUUUAUUAGUUUGUGCGUGGGUGUGACAACAGUCAGUCAAUCAGUGAUAAAGUAUUGAUGAAGUGUAGUAUAUAUAUAAAAAAAUCAAAUUAAUGGAAGAUAUUUCAAUCGUAAUCGGUCGCGUGUUGCUCGCGCAGUGAACGGUAGGCGGCGGUGUGUUUCUGUGGCGCUUCAUUCUGUGGGAUUCUCAAAGAAGAAGAACAACAAAGAAAUCCUGUAAACACUCGUGGCUGUGUGUACAGGUCAGCAAGUCUCUACAAAUGAUUCAUUUUAGCUUUACACAGAAAGGUUAGCGUGCGUGUCACGUAGUAUGACUCCGCGGACGCCUUGAGUGACGCUGAAAGUGAUAAGAAGAAAACCGUUUGACCAACGGAAUUUGUUUCCAUGAAUACAAUGUUUGACCUGAAGUGCGAAAGCUCCUCAGGUGAAGAGGAAGAGACGGAGGGAGGAGAGUCCAGUUUAACGGCGCAGAUAUCCAGAUGUGCGAAUGUAUCGUCGGCGGAUUUAGACGAAUUAGAGCACAACCGAAACGAGUCGAGCACCGUGAAGCAGACGGUGUGGGCUGUGAACUGUUUUAAAGCCUGGUUGCGCGAGAAGCAGCUGACGAUCGACUUUAAAACCGUCGAGAAGUCGGAGCUGAACCCGGUGCUGCGCGAGUUUUAUGGCUCUAUCAGGACGAGCAAAGGAGAGCUGUACGGCAUCAGCAGCUACGUCGGGCUUCGAGCCGGAUUGAAUCGGUUCAUCAAUGAACCUCCCCUCAACCGCGUGUGGAACCUGAUGCAGGACACCGAGUUCAGGGCCGCCAAUAAUGUUUUCAAAGGCGUCGUCAAGCAGAUCCGGCGCUCUGGUAGAGAUAUAACGGCACAUUACCCGCCGAUUUCACCCGAGGACCAGCACCUACUCAAGCAUUCUCCCGCGCUGGACCCCGGCAACCCGAAAGGCUUGUUAAAUAAGGUCUGGUACGACAUCCAGUUACAUUUUGGGCUGAGGGGGAAGGAGGGCAACCGACACCUGCAGCCAGACGCGUUCGCUCUCAACCGAGACCAGAACGGAUUCAAAUACUUCACGAUGGCGUUGCACGAGGACGCGAAAAGCAUGCAGGAGAAGGACAAGAAAAACCGCAGGGCUAUGUAUGAAGAGCCCGGCAAUCCGCUGUGCCCGGUCGCGUCUCUGGAGAAAUACCUGAGCAAAAUCCCCGCCGACGCCAAAGCGCUGUAUCUGCAGCCGAAAAGGAUGUACGUGAUCACCGAUGAGCUGUGGUAUACCCCACUUCCGCUGGGAGUCAAUUAUCUCUCCCAAAUGCUGCCCAAAAUAUGCAAAGAGGCCGGCACGAGAACGAUAUACACUAACCACAGUCUGAGGCUCACCGCGAUUCAAAGACUGACUGAAUCGAGAGAGAUCAUGGCGGUGUGCGUGAGUGUUCCAGUUGAGAUUAACACUCAGUGGCAGCAGCAGCAGCAGCAGCAGCAGACAGAAUCUACCCCAUACUCCCCCAGCAGUGAACUGGACUCCAGCUCCGCCAGACAGGAGAGUCCCGUGAGCAGCCACAGCUGGGUGAAACAGGAACCAGAGCCCGAAGCCAUCCAGUGGGAAAACAUGAACUCUGAGGCUGCCACCGAUGCAGAGAAGCACAAAAAUCUGAACAGUGCUACAGCGGUACCUUCGAUGGAGGGUUUACCCGGCGGUGUUAUGCUGACCAUCACUAAACUUCAGUGCCUGCUGGAGAGCAAACAGGAGAGGAUUGAAGCUCUGGAGAGACAGGUGCAGGACCUACAGGAGGACCGCAGGUUCCUCCGCUCACAGAUCGAGAACCUCACCGGCGCUCGCUUGGUUUCAGUGCCUGAAGCGAGCACAUCGGUGUUCUCUCAGUCCAGGACACGGAGAAGGAGACAUAAAAGCUCGUCCAGCUCGUAUGUUGAAGAUGAGAGCAUCACUGAUGAAUCUUCAUCGAAUGAGUCCAGCAGCGUCAGGAAAAAAAGAUGUCAUAAGAAGAAAGGAAAGAGAGGGUGUGCUCCACACUGUGACUAGGUCUCGAUCAGCCUCUAUCAAGAAGAAAAGCACGAGCAGGGCUUUCUGCCCAAGUGCGUCACUGAAGUUCACAGGGCCCGGGACAGUUUUUUUUUUUUUUUUUUUUUUACAAGCGAGCAUCCCAUAUGCCCAGGAGUAGAGUAGCCUGUACCGUAAAGGACCUAAUCAUGGCCUGGGACGGCACUCCUGGGUGAACCCUCCCUGAAAACAUCCCCCUACACGGCCCUCAUCGCAGGAGCUGGACCAGGUCGCUAACAAGUCUGGUGGGUCUGAUCAGGCCCAGCUAUGCCCAGCAAGCGUGUCUCUCUACAGCAGAGCAGUUCAGUUUGUAAUUCAACAACCCACUAGAGAUUGAUCAAAUCUGAGCAUCGCUCCGGUGGGGUUUUGAUUAACGAGCAUACGUGAACGCGGUCGCCCCGUCGAUUUAAAAAUGUAAGUUGGUAAUUAUAAUUUGUCAAAUGUAAACAGUCAUUUUCACUUGAAAACGGCUAUGCUAAAACCCAUCAGUUAAACCCCGAUACAGUCUUCCGGGUUAACCUACUAAAUGAUGUAACAACCGAACAACUCUUGUUUUGCUGAUGAAGACCUUGCAUGAAGGACGGAGCUGGUGAGAGCUUCCGGAGAGCUGGCCUAGGACUGCUACAGAAACAACAGACUGAACACUAGAGGUCGCUCUCAUACCGAUGUUGAGUGAAAACGGUGCUGGAAGGAAAUAAAGUAGUGAGUGACUUUUGAAAUGUGUUGCUCAUAUGCAUAAAAUGUA